AUGGCAGUCUACAUCUGUGUCGAGUUAGAGUCCAUCGUUGGCCUGCCAGAGAUCAUGAAUUGCUUGCUCGAAAAAAGCAUCAAAUUCACCGUCUCGAAAGAUCGUCGAAGUCUUUGCGAUACGUGCAGUGCCAAAGACGAUUCACUACAGCUGCCAACGUCCACCUCUGUGACACCGUUGGUCCCCACAUCAACCCCUUCGUCCGUCUCCUUGGAGCAGAUCGAAGCGUAUCCACGAUCGGAGAGCGUCGAUAGCGAAGUCAAGCCCAAGAGCGAAGACUAUUCGGCAACGUUUAGUGAUGCGGUUACUCCAAUGAACGACGAUAUGGACGAGACGGACCUGGUUGCGUGUGGUUCGGAAUUGUUGCAGCAGGUUUCUGCCAAUUUCUCAUCGUAUCAGGAGAGACCGAAGAAUUUCACCGACAACGAGAUGUCUCUGAUCCGUGAGAAGGGUGCAGGUAGCGCUCCCAAACAGUGUCAGCUAUGCGGCCAUUGGAUAACUGCUAAGAAUGUUCGAGCACAUGUGGCGACGCAUCUCACCAUUAGAAGGCUCAGGUGCACCCUUUGUGGCCAAGGAUUUGACCGCAUGAAUCGUGCCUCGAUACACGUGGAGAAAUGCCAUGCAGGAGAUUCUGGAGCAAAGGUGGAGUCAGCAAUGUGA